AUGCACAUUGGACUCAGGAUGCUGGACAGUGUGUGGAAGGGGAGUGUGCUCCUGCUUGGAGCAUUGUGGGAGAUAUCUGUGGGUCUGCUGAACACAGAUCUGGACCAGCAUUGGGAAAUGUGGAAGAAAACCCAUGGCAAAGUCUACCAACAUGAGAUUGAGGAGUUUGGGCGGCGGCGGAUCUGGGAAGAGAAUCUGCAGAUGAUUUCUCUGCACAAUCUGGAGGCAACUUUGGGAAUGCACACCUAUGAACUGGCCAUGAACCAUCUGGGAGACCUGACAGCAGAGGAGGUGGUUACCAUGCUCACGGGCACCCGUGUGCCUGAAGAUUUGGAACAAAGCCCCAGUUUUAUCAUGCCCAGGGUCCCACUGCCCACCUCGGUCAACUGGAGGGACCGGGGUUUUGUGACACAGGUUCGGAUGCAGGGUACAUGUGGUUCAUGUUGGGCAUUCAGUGCUGCUGGGGCAUUAGAGGGGCAGUUAAAAAGAACCCGUGGUAAACUGGUGACCCUCAGUCCUCAGAAUCUGAUAGAUUGCUCCACCAAGUUUGGCAACCAUGGGUGCAAAGGUGGCUUCAUGACCGAUGCCUUCCAGUAUGUCAUCAAAAACCAUGGCAUUGACUCCGAUGCUUCCUACCCUUACACUGGCAUGGAUGGCUGGUGUCAGUAUGAAGCAGAGUUCCGUGCGGCGAAUUGCUCGAGUUAUCGCUGUCUGCCGCGGGGUGACGAGGAAGCUCUGAGAGCUGGUCUGGCCACAGUGGGACCCAUCUCUGUCGCCAUUGAUGCUUCAAGACCCAAAUUCAUCUUCUAUCGCCGUGGCGUGUACAGAGACCCUUCCUGCUCUAAGAGAGUAAAUCACGGUGUUCUGCUGGUGGGGUAUGGCAGUCUCCAUGGACAGGAUUACUGGUUGGUGAAAAACAGCUGGAGUGUUCAUUACGGUGAUGAAGGCUAUGUCUUGAUGGCCAGAAACAGACACAAUCAGUGCGGGAUUGCCCUCUACCCCUGUUACCCUGUCAUGUGA